GUAAGAAAAUAUUAUUUUUUCACUAUAAAACUCACAUUUUUCUUCCAUUUUUUACCACAUUAAACCACAUCUUCUAUAAUCAUCUUCAAUUCUCCUUCUACAAAACGAAAAAAUGCAUCCUCAUAACCAUGCUUAUGACCCGAGUAACCCGUUUGCAAUCCAAGAAAAUAAUCCUAGCCCACCACCCAAUCGUCCAAUACCUCGUCCAUUUUUCAUACACUCUUCUAUGCCCGUUGAAGCGAGUUAUGCAUCGUAUAUCGGGAAUCGUGUGUUUACUAACUUUCCACACACCGACGAUUCAAUACCUACCCCGUUUACACAAUCGCCUAUCAACCUUUCACCAACCUCCAUCGACCUUUCACAAAACGAAACCGUCCCCGAAACUCAACCACCCAACGAUGGUCUUUCCUUAUCGAAACCCAUCAAAAAGAGAAGCCAUAAGAAAAAAACCGAGGCGGAUAAAGCACUCGAAACCGUCAAACGAAAACAACUAAAAUGUACCGUUCCUGAAGAACUUGCAUUGGCGAGGGGUUGGUUUCAACAAUCUCAACAUGCAACUUUAGGAAAUUCUCAACAUCGAACCCAUUUGUGGGAAGCGGUUAGUAGAGUAUUCCAUCAAGAAUUGGGAAGGGAGGCUUAUCGUGAAACUGAUAGCUUAUCCUCGAAGUGGAGCGAGAUUAGCGGCCAACUUACAAAAUAUAGUGGGUUUUUAAAUAAAGCAAAGCAAAAUCCAAAAAGUGGUGAAAACGAAGCCGACAUUGUGACGAAUGCAUUGGUUCAAUUCAAAUCAAAUGUGGGGACCGACUUCCGUUUCAUGCAUUGUUGGGAGAUUUGUAAGUUCCAUCCAAAGUGGGCGAAUAUCCUAGUGGUAGCGAAAGUAACACGUCUUCCAAAAGGUCAAGGGCCUCGUCCCAAGCCCAAUCUGAUGCACGAGAUCAAGAGUCUGAGGACCUUUUGGAUGAUUCGCCAAGCCCAAACCGGCCUGAGUAUGGAAGAGAUGUCGCAAAAAGGCGUGUUCAAAAAUCAAGAUCUGGUACGGCAUCGCCUUCAGCUGGGAGUUCGGGCUCGCGUUGGGCUUGGGUUGGGGCUUGGGUUGGGCUUGGGUUGGGGCAUUAGUUGACACGUGGCUUGGGGGGCAGACAUGGGGCGAUCCACAUUCAACACGGUAUGGUGGGGCGGGGAUUUGGGGCGUGGGUUUGGUGGGCUUCGCUGGGCUAACCCGCUGGGCUGUUUGUUUUAAAACAACAAAUUUAAUUUUUUUAAUAUUUUUAAAUAAAGAAAAUCACAUAAAAAAAUUCCUAACGUUUAUAUUUGUUUUUUUUAUCUCUUCUCUCAUCUCCAAGACUAGUUGCAACUCGUCACCCUGUAGGUGAUCAAUCGGCUGGGAUAGAAUUUUCAAAUCAUCCCGUCUUUAUUUCAGGGCUUCUCUAGCUUCUUUGCUCGUUCGUUGUUCUGCCCUUUGUUGUUGGAAGACGUUGAAUGUAUCUAACUUGCAUGCAAUGUCAUCCAACUGAUCGCUGUAUAUUCCCCUACGCGAGUCCGAACUCCCAGCUGAAGGCGAUGCCGUACCAGAUCUUGAUUUUUGAACACGCCUUUUUGCGGCAUCUCUUCCAUACUCAGGCCGGUUUGGGCUUG